AUGGAAACUAUUAUUCUCGAGAAACUUAAGGCCAGGAUAGAGUCUACCCUCAAGCACCAAGCGGAGUUUCGCAGUGGCCGAUUGUGCGUCGACCACAACAACACCUGCCGAAUCAUACUCGAACAAUCAUCUGAGUACCAAUCACCGCUGUACCUAAUGUUUGUAGAUUUUGAGAAGGCGUUUGAUCGGGUCAAUCGUGAAUGCGUCUGGGUUUCGCUUAUUGCGCGAGCAAUCCCUGAGAAAAUUGUCACUGUUAUUAAGGAAUCGUACAAUAACGCAAGGUGCUUUAUGUUGCACAAUGGACAGCUUUCCGAUUCUUCGAUGCGCGUCAAGGAGUGA